GUCGGCUGUUGCGGCGUCGCCUGUUCGCCAGCUGUCCAACUCCAUCUUCAACCGUUGUCUGUCUGUCUUCACCUUCAGGCCUUAGGUUUGACUGGUGCUGCAAAUGAAGGGGUGAUGACAGAGAUGUUGGAACCUUCCAUAGUCUGAUCUGUAGCACCAUGCAGAAUGAGAGGAGCAGCUGGAGGCCCUGUUAUGAAGGGAGCUUAAGAGGAGGAUGCUGGCUCUUGGUCAUCACUAUGAAUCUAAAAUUAAUGGUUGAAUCAGAGCUAGCUGAACUGGCUCUAGAUGGAAGGAUGGAAUAUUUAAAAUCACUUGGUGUUAAUGAAAGUGGCCUUGGAAAUCUUAUUAGGACAACAUAUGUCCUACUGGGUUUGAGAACAUACUUCACUCCUGGCGAGAAGGAAACAAUAAUGUUAGGGGGAGACAGUUUUGGCAUGACUGCACCUCAAGCUGCUGGAGUUAUACAGUCUGAAAGGUUGCUUAUGAUGAUUUUGUUGCUGCUGGAUCAUUUGCAGCUGCAAGAACAUUUUGCAGAACUUACAUUUAUCUAUACCAUCAAGAAAGUAUACCCAUCAUCUACACUUGAUCAAAGUCAUUGAAGUAGAAGGCUGUGGAUGAUGCAUUGAUCACAUCCAUAGAAGAAGUGCCGGAUUUGAUGGCUUAUUGGGUGCAUCGAGCAUACUUAAGUAGUAUAUAUUUUUGUUAUAUGGUAUUUAUAGUCUAUUGUUGGAAGUACUAUGAACAUGAUUAUUUUUGUUGUAAAUAUUUUUGAUGUUUAAAUAUAUUUU